AUGGCUAAGGCGAGCAACUCCUCGGAAAGGACAUCCACUCCUGCUACUGAAAGUGACAGCUCAAUCGAUUGGCUUGAGUCUGAUGAAGACGAGGAAAAAAAGUUCUCCUAUUCCUUCGGUCUCAUCGCCUCCUGCUUGGGUUGUGUCCUCGGCACGGGAAACAUUUGGCGAUUCCCUCGAAUUGUUGCCACAGCCAGAAGUCUCUGCUUCAUCUUGGCGUGGCUCUUCUUCCUCUUCGCCUGGUCCGUCCCACUGAUCAUCACUGAGUACACGAUUGGUCGAUUCACCCGAAGCUCUCCAGUAAUUGCCUUUCAAAAAUUUCUUGGAUCAAAGUGUCUGUGGAUCGGUGGUUGGGUUACAGCUAUUUCCUUUUUAAUCAGUGCCUACUUCUCAGUUGUGGUUGGAUGGUGUUUCUACUACUUUUACGUCGCUUGUGCAUGGCGAGAACUGCCCUCCACAGAACCGGAGAGCAAACAAAUCUUCGAGGAUUUCAUUGGUACCUACUGGCCACUUGGACUGCAUACCCUCGAUUUACUCAUCUGUGGAAUUGCCGUCUUUAAGGGUGUGAAGGGAAUCGAAUUAGCCAACAGCUUCAUGGUUCCGAUUCAACUCAUCAUCGUCACCUCCACUUUCUACUGGUCCUUGUUUCGCGAGUAUGCCGAUGUGGGCAUAAAAUUUAUGUUCACACCUGAUUGGUCUAUGUUCGCCAACCCACAGGUCUAUGUCGAGGCAGCGUGUCAGAACGCGUUUGACACAGCGGCUGGAAUGGGUCUGUUCUCAGCCUACGCUGCCUACUUUACACGCAAAACUGGGGCUGUGCGAUUUGGCACCCUCCUUCCAGUGGUGAACAAUCUCGUUAGCCUGGUCUGUGGCUUGAUGAUCUUUUCCACAGUCUUCUCCACGCUCAUUCAAACACAGCCCACUCUGACAAUUCCCCAGAUUGUCACAAUCAUGAAGGAGAGUGGUCCAGGUAGUACAGGUCUUACAUUCACUUGGAUUCCAGUGCUCAUGUCAAAACUGGGGAUUGCGGGUCGUGUUCUUUGUGGCCUCUUUUUCCUCUGUCUCUCCUUCGCUGGAGUGACCUCCAUGAUUGGCUACAUUGAGCUUACUGCUCGCACCAUCCAAGAUUUUGGGGUGAAACGCCUUUAUGCUACGACAGCUGCACUCAUAGUUAGCUUCCUUGUUGGGGUCCCCUCGGCUCUUAGCAUUGGCGUUUUGCAGAAUCAGGACUUUGUUUGGGGAUUUGCGCUUAUGAUAUCGGGCAUCUGCUACUGUGCUCUCGUUAUUCACUACAAUCCCGUCAAAUACCGACGGGUGAUUAUUAACGACUUCGGUCUCAAGGACUGGAAGCUGCCGUUCAUUUGGAUUAUCCUCAUUGCAGGCAUCGUGCCCUUUGAAGCGGUUGGUCUAAUUUGCUGGUGGGCCUAUCAAAACAUCGCCCUUGCUGAGGACUGGUACUUAAUCAAGUGGCUCAUUCUGUUUGUUCUCCUCGGUGGACUGAAUAUCGUUGUGUAUUGUUGCAAAUGGAAUCUGCUGAAGGACUCCUCUUGCAAGGGUUCCGAUCCUUACCAUCUGGAGGAAAUCUACCCACAAAGUGGCUCGUUGAAAAGUCCUCCUUUCGUACACGUAGAAGAUGGAGAUGAAGGUUCUUAUGAAAAGAAUGAAGCAUUCUAA